AUGGCGGACACCUUCGGUCUGAAACCAGAGGGUCUCGAAUACUCGGAUCUCAAAGAAGGGAAAAUCCCCAAGAUAACCGACGUCAUGGACACUCAUGCCCGGACCCUGCGAUUACGGAGGCCUACGGAGGGUCACAGUUGUAUACAACCAUGGCUUGUCCACUGUAUGGGCCGGUGGGUCGAGGCCGGGCUGAUCAGCUGGCCCGAGUACUUUGCCCUCGGUGCAUACGUCGGCACAACGCUCGACAUCCCCGAUUCUCCAUACGCACAGAGUAGGAAGGAACCCGACUUCUUUUUCCGCCCCCAACUUGCAUCAGCACUCCCUGCGAACGCUUUGAAGUGGGCUGGACCGAGUCAGGGAACGGUCUCCCGGCGGACCGAGAUCUUCUUCGAGGGAGCGGUGACAGUCCCGAACGGUAACAGGCGGAAGUCUGGAGACUGGCUCCUUAUGACCAACCUAUCCUGGUUCAGGCCGAGCCAAUCUUUCCUGUUCCUAAAUCCUAACCCACCGUACACCCAGCGGCUCGAAAUUACAUACGGCGACGUAUUUUCCUCCGCCCUCCAGCCCGGCCGUAAUCCUCGCGAUAUCCUCUACCUGGACCUGGAUUCGCUCCGCGAUGAGGCCAGAUAUAGCUUUGGGUUGAUGAACUUGGCAUCUGUAUAA